ACAUCUAAAAGUGUGGUAGCGUUCAGCAAGUGCUUCUUUCUGUUCUCCUACACGGGCAGGAACGAGUGGCCCUCGGAGUCACCGGCACUGGGACAGCGACAUCAUCAACGGUAACCAUGACAUCUUUACUUCUGCUGUGUGUGUCUUUCCCCAUCAUCUUGGGAGCAUUUCUUCAACAUGAUGAAGAGAUGGAUGGAACCUUGCGUGUCAGCAUACCUGUGGAGAUGCCUCUCCGCCCUCUGCUGGGGGAUAAGGUAGUUGUGCCGUGCUACUUCCAAGACAACACUGUCAACGACCCCGGAGCCCCCACCAUCGCACCACUCUCGCACCGCAUCAAGUGGACCUAUGUUACCAAGGAGAAAGCUUCCACAAUCUUGGUGGCAACAGAGGGGAAAGUUCAGGUGGAGGCAGAGUACCUGGACAGAGUCACUUUGGUCAACUACCCAAUGGUGUCUACUGAUGCCAGCAUGGAGCUGACAGAGCUGAGCUCCAAAGAUUCUGGCACGUACCGCUGUGAAGUGAUUCACGGAAUUGAGGACAGCUUUGACGUUGUGAACAUCCAGGUUCAGGGUAUCGUAUUUCACUACCGUGCUAUCUCCACCCGCUACACCCUGACGUUUGAAAAAGCCAAAGCAGCCUGUAUCCAGAACAGCGCCACCAUAGCUACUCCAGCACAGCUCCAAGCCGCUUAUGAUGAUGGAUACCACCAGUGUGACGCUGGUUGGCUUUCUGACCAGACUGUCAGGUACCCCAUCCAUGAGCCACGGGAGCGGUGCUAUGGAGACAAGGAAAACUUCCCUGGAGUGAGAACCUAUGGCAUUAGAGACAUUAACGAAACUUAUGAUGUGUAUUGUUUUGCAGAGAAAAUGUCAGGCAAAGUCUUCUACUCCAUGUCUGUAGAGAAGUUUACAUUUUAUGAAGCACAAGAUCAGUGUGCCAAGCUCGGUGCCAGGCUGGCCACCACCGGCGAGCUUUACCUUGCCUGGAAAGGUGGUAUGGACGUGUGUAAUGCCGGCUGGUUGGCAGAUAGGAGUGUACGCUACCCAAUAAACAUCGCCAGACCUCAAUGUGGAGGAGGACUUUUAGGAGUGAGAACCGUCUACUUGUUCCCCAAUCAGACAGGGUACCCCUACCCAGACUCUCGCUAUGAUGCCAUCUGCUUCCAAGCAAGUGAAGAUGACGGUGCAGUUCCUGAGAGGACCACACCCUUCCCAGAUGUCGUUCAAACCAGACCUGACCCCGAGUUGUACCCAGGAGUAACCCCUGAACCUGGGCAGGAGGUCAGGUCUGAAAAAGUGGAAGUUCUUCCGUCAUUGCCUGGUCCACCGGGUGUGAGUGGCCAAGAUAUUCUAUUAGUUCCUGGAUUGGAUUUGACAGGUGAAGAUGUCAACAUGGCUCCCACUGGUGUGGUGUUCCACUACCGACCCAUCACUGGUCGGUACGCUCUGACCUUUCUUGAGGCUCAAGAGGCAUGUGAAAGCAUUGGAGCAGUCAUCGCCAGCCACCAGCAGCUUCAGGCAGCCUUUGAGCAAGGCCUACACCAGUGUGACGCCGGCUGGCUGCGCGACCAAACAGUGCGGUAUCCAAUUGUGUCACCUAGAGACAAGUGUGCUGGUAAUCUGCUAACACUUCCAGGAGUGAGAUCCUACGGCUUGAGACCAGCGAGUGAACGCUACGAUGUGUUUUGUUAUGUGGAACGCCUAAAAGGGGAGGUCUUCUUCACCAGCGACUUCGACAGCUUCUCCUACGACGAGGCAGUUCAGCAUUGUCAGAAACUGAACACCACCCUGGCCACCCCUGGGCAGCUGUACGCAGCCUGGAAACAGGGACUGGACAAGUGCCGCCCAGGCUGGCUGAUGGACCGGAGUGUCCGCUACCCAAUUACCACCCCCAAGCCGUACUGUGGAGGUGGCCAAGCUGGGGUCCACAUCAUCUACGCCUUCUCCAACCAGACAGGGUUUCCUGACGAGGACUCACGUUACGACGCCUACUGUUUUAGAGCUGAAAGUUCUGAUGUCGAAAUAGAAAAAGAAGCCAUUGAUCAUCUGGUAAAAACAUUUGUGCAGCCUACAGAAGCCAGCACUGAUCCCAUUUCUCCUGCUGCUACCACAGAGGUCUACAAUCAAACAGAAGAAGCUGUAAAUAUCACCGAAGAAUUUAUACAGAAAGCAACUGUCCCGACUCAACAUGUUGCUCCUACAGUUUCUGCAGAGAGAGUCCCUGUCCCUCCUGUCCCAACUGAUGUGUCCGGAUCUGGUUCAGCUGAACAUUCAGCUAGCGGGGAGACCUCCGGAGAGUCCACCUCCACCAGUUCCAGUGGGGACGUGUCCGGGUCGGGACAUGACAUCAUCUUCAGUGGACACACUGAUGUGUUCUCCGGAGAACAGUCUGCCUCUGGGAGUCCAGAGCAGCUGGAGGAGGGAAGUGUUGAUAUCUUCACAUCUGGAGAUUUGGGCAGUGUAUCUGGAUCUGGAUCUGGAACUGGAUCUGGAUCUGGAUUUGGAUCCGGAUCUGGAUCUGGACCUAGAUCUGGAUUUGGAUCUGGACUUGGAUCUGGAUUUGGAUCUGGGUCUGGACUUGGAUCUGGAUUUGGAUCUGGAUCUAGCAUCAGUAUACCAGGAUCUGGUAGCAGUGGAAGUGGGGAUGUCAGCGGCAGCGGUGAAGCCUCUGGGAUCCUCAUGGUGAACGGAGAGAUGGUCGAGGUGUCAAAAACCCACCAAAACCACACAGAGCAGGAGUUUGGUCAGGGUGGUCUCAUUAUCAGCGGAGACUUUAUGGAAUCCAGUGCUUCCGGAUCAGGACACGUGUCUGGUUCAGGCUCUGGCGAGUUCUCUGGCGUUUCAUUUAUUGACCACAGUGGCAUCGACUUGACCGAACAGCCGUCUGGGAACCAAGAACUGUCUGGAUAUCAGCCCUCUGGAUCAGGGUACCACAGUGGUCUCCCCAGUGGGUUUCCCUCUGGUGCUUCAGGCAGCGGUUCUGCCUCUGGAGACCCCUUCCAUCCUCACCCUGAUGUCAUUCUAAUAAUAGAUGACGAGAUGAUCGAAAUGAGCGGAUCCACCCCACAACCUGAGCACGGUCGUGGUGUGGUGGUGACGAGCGGCGAAGGUAGUGGUUCAGGGAUCAGCGGAUUCAGCGGCUCUUUGCAAACAUCUGGAACUGGAAUCCCUCACAAAACACCAGCUGGUCUGACGACCUACGAACUAUAUGAUACAGUGACUCCAGAUACAAGCUAUGCCUCCCAAACCACAGCACCAUCCGUGUCAUUCAUAACCCCUGCAGUUGUGGAGCAGCCUGGAGUAGAAGACGACCCUUGCGAUCCAAACCCCUGCGGCGCCGGGUCCUGCUCUGUGCAGGGGGAACGUGCCGUGUGUCUGUGUCCAGGGGGCUUCACCGGUGAAAACUGCUCAACCUCUCUGCAGGACUGCCCUGAAGGCUGGAGGUUGUUUCAAGGCAGCUGUUACUACCUCUCUGAGGACAGACACACCUGGUCUGAGGCCGAGCAGCGCUGUCGAGAUAUCAACGCUCACCUGGUCAGCAUCAACUCCCUGGAAGAGCAGGAGUUUGUCAGCUCCAGUGGUCUGGACUACCAGUGGAUUGGACUCAGUGACCAGGACAUCCAGAAUGAGUUCAAAUGGACAGAUGGAAGUCCUCUGUCCUUUGUGAACUGGAGGCCCAACCAGCCAGAUAACUACUUCAGCUCUGGAGAGGACUGUGUGGUGUUGAUCUUACAUGAGGGUGGGCAGUGGAACGAUGUGCCCUGCAACUACCACCUCCCCUACACCUGCAAGCUUGGACCUGUGAUGUGCAGAGCGCCUCCUGAAGUGGAACACGGCAAACCGAUGGGGAGCAGCAGAGAUCGCUACCCCGUCAACUCUAUAGUCCGCUACGAAUGUGACGCAGGCUACACACAGCGCCACCUGCCGGUCAUACACUGUAUGGAGAGCGGAGAAUGGCAACAGCCAAAAGUAGAGUGCAUAGAAGCCGAUGCCAACAGUCAGAGGCUACACAAAAGGUCCCUCUGGAGAAGAAGGAAAGAUGUCAGCAGCCAACAGGAGCAGAGGAAACUGCUCUGAGCAGCACUGAAAGAGACAUACAACAGAGAGCCACAAAGGAACCUUCUUGGAGAGAAGCUCGGACACUCAUGCAAAUGUCUGACCAAAUACAUGCCCUCCUCUGUACGACCACACACUAAAGCACAUUUAGAGAGACAGUGAUGGAUGUUUUGGAUCUUUGAUUGACACCCUGCACCCUUUGAAAGCAGGUUUUUCUUGAUUUUUCUUGUUUGGCAUGUAUUUUAUAAUCCAGUAUUUUUGAAAUGUCUUGCUACGGUCUUUAAUACAAUCUGCAGCUCACAAAGAAGGGUUGAAAAGACUCAAUGAAAUGAGGCUGAAGAGUGACAAGCAAAAUCCAAAACAGAUUAGGAAGUGUUUUCAAUUCAGACAGCAUAGCUUUUUAAUGUAUUUAGUGUUUUUUCCUAAAUUUCUCUCUCUCUCUUUCUCUCUGUCUCCUUUUUUUUCAUGAGUUUAAGAUGCUAAACACAACUUUUGUUUCUCUCUAUCAAAGGCAGUGCAGUGUCUAGACAAACCUAAUGCCUGUGACAAUGAUAAACAUUACAUUACGGCUGUUUUAUUAGAUUUGUCAAAGAUAACUUUGAGGUUUCCGACAGACUCCAGUGCCUCAAACCUAAAAGCAGAAAAAUACUUGUUUCAAGUUUUUAAUCUUGUCACAACCUUAUGUUUGACAUCUAAAAGGCCCACUUUGGCUUUUGUUCUGUAUAUUGAUGAUAAUCCAAGUAAAUAUGUGACUAAGUGCAACACAAUCUGGAUUGAAAUAAUCGGCACUUUAUGCACUUUUGAAGCCUUUUGUCAUUUUUGUGCUAAUCAUUUGAAUCCAGUGCACUUUGAAAUACAACUAAAGAAAACGAAAAGCAACCCUUCUUUGCAAUUUCUACAAUUCCAGUGAUAACUGCUGGAGAUUUCUCCCAGUGGGUGUCACCAGAAUGGUGCACACCUCAGUUAUCUAUAGACCUUACGUUUUUAGAUUGUUGCUUAUUAAAACCAGUCCAGUCAGUUUAUGGUGGUCUGAUUUGAGAAUUGUGGAGUCAGAGUUUGCUUUGUGUUGAGUUUCUUCCUGUAAAUAUCCUCACUACAUUCUGAACAGCAGGAUCUGUCAUUGAGUUGCACAGUGCAGUUUUAACUGUCUGAUUCUUCAUCUUCGUGUUUUCUGAACUGUUAGUUCUGAGAACCAGCAGCGCAGAAGAAGCUGAUUUUUUCAUUUUAACAAACUUGCCUCUUGACAUUGGAGGGAGUUGAGCCUUUAAGAAAAAGUUACAGAGACAUUUACUGUGAAGAGAUACUGUACUUCAGAUCUAUUUAAAGUUUUGUUCUGAAAAUAAGUUUAUGAAUAAAUAAUAUCUUACCUGUUGUAGACAACUCUUUGUACAAGUUCAAUUUGGAAAAACAGAAUUUAAUUCGGGCCAGAUUGAUGAACUAAUAAUGAUGUUAAUUUGAGACAAAAGUGAAUGUGUGCUGUUGGAAAGCAACCUCAAGCUCAAAUAUUUUAUUUUACAAACCUUUAUGUUGCUGUUGAUUUUACAUUACAGCCCAGGAUGCACCAGAAGUGGUACAGCUAGCUGCUGCUAUUUGUGCUUGCAAAUAAUAACAGUAUUUUGUAAAUAACAAUGUAAUGCAAGACUGAUGUAAUGUGAUGUGAAAGUUUAUUUAAAAAGUGUUAAAUUUGAAGUUGGCAGCAAACCUCUUUAGUCUUGGCUUCAUUUGAACUCAGCUGUUAGCUCAUUUAUUUGAUCAGAAUUAAACUGUAUUCCUCCAAACCGAGUUCGUUCAAAGAGCUAUCUACACCAUGUAAAACCAGAGCCCCACUUCAGAAGGUCUGAAUUCUUGCUUUAAGGUCCAGAUUAGCUUCCUCUCUGAGAUCAAACACAAAAUUAUUAAUAUCUGACCUUUUUAAUGCAGUCUUUAAUGAUCAGUUUAGUAAAACUUCAUAAAAUGAAAAUAAUUUUAAGCAGUAUGGUAGGAUUUUACCUAUAUUAAGUUAGAAAUAAAACAUGUUAAUAAAAUUUAAAAAACAAGUGGACUUCUACUCUGUAGUUUAACGUCCUAAGAUUUCACAAUUCAACACUUGAGAGUUCUAAGGCUUAAACUGCACGAGAAGCUAAAUUCACAUCCAGAUUAAUCUCCCUCCCUUCCCACCGGAGAGUCAUUGGGGUCUUUGUUUGCCUGGCUCACUAGAGACGUUCUGGUUGGCUGCAUGAAGGCAUUGAUUAGAGGGGAAAUGACUCAGUGACCGCUUUAAUGCUCCAUUCUAAGCUUUAGGAAGCUGAAGUCUGAAGGCUUUUCUUACAAUAAAGUUCUGCAAAAUUGCUGCAAAGACCGGUCCGUCUUUAUGCAUCUUCUAGUUGUUCAUAAAUCACCAACAGAGCCAGCCGCUGCUCACAUAAACAAACUUUCAAAACACAGCAAAUUAACGCAGUUUAGCAAUUCUCAUUGUAGUGAAUGGAUUGUACAGGCCAUUUUAUCACUUCAUCACAUUAUUGAUCCACAUCUUACCUUUUAACAUGUCGACCGUUCUGGCUCUGCCACUGCUUUGCUCCCCUCACCAUCACAAGAUGUCAAAAUCUUGGCUUGAGGUGUUUUGUGAAAUAGCCUCGUGACACAGUUUUACUGUCACCACAACUCUGUCUUUAUAACCAAGACAGAAGGAAAAGGAACACAUUGAAAAAGCUCUCCAAACAUGUCGGGGUUUUUGUCAAAUCCAAAAGGAAACCAAUAAAACAUGCCACAGAAUAGAACAGAACAGAGAAAAAAGUUUUAAAAAAGCACAAAUACCUGGUCAUCCUAUGUUAAAGGUGUAUCUGAGUAUCCCUAAAUACAACUUUCCAAAACAUUUCAAACCAAACAGGACUCUCAGAGGCGGGUCCAUCCUAAAGAUAUAAAACCAACUGAGCGGUGUGGUGUUUAGUGAAUGUUCAGACCUGAACAUUGACCAGAAAGUCAUUUUUAAGUAAAACCACAACAUUACAUGAUGCCAUACAAGACAGAAGCAACUUUUUGAACUCAGAUUAAAAAGCAAAACAUCCAGCAUCAGAGUCAAACUGAGUGUGAACUAUAAGGAUGGCUGACUGCAGAGUGCUGUUUGUGCUGCUCAGUCUUUUCAGUUUAUCAGAGCUCCUGACACAAACCACACAGUAUAUGAUGCGUUUCACACUUUCCACAAAUAAUGUUAAUCCAAUCAAACCGUGAUGUUCAUGAACCAUUUAAAUCAUUUGAACGGCUCCUAACGACAAACAACAGGACUCGAGUUGCGGACAGUAAAGAGUCGUUCCUAGUUUGUUUGUUUUUUUUACUUCUCGGAAUAUCUUUAUUUUUUUCCUCCUUAACCACAAAGACGGUCCCUUCUCCUUCGCUUUUUCACGAAAAACAGGCAGAGCGUGGAGUACAGCAGCUCAAGGGGAAAGGUGGAGGCGGUUCUGCUUGACAAAACAAAUGAUUCAGCAUAUUUUGCUACGUGGUGACGUCACUCAUUCAAAAUCGAAUGAUUCUAUGAAACAAAUGGUUCGUCAAGAUCCCUUCAAAGAGCCGUUUGUCCCGUCUCUAAAACAAACAUGACUAUAUUUACUAUAUACUUGUCAUUUUGGGUGUAACUGUUUUCACCCUUGACUGAGGUGUGUACGUGUUGUUAAAAUACAAAAAUCACAGCAUAACCAUUGUCCUGGCUUUAAAACUACAGUGGGUACAACACUUGUCCAUACAGCAAUUGCAAUGACAUCAUUACCAUGUAAAUGUAUUACUUAUUCACAACCAACAGUGAAAAAUAUCUGUUUCCAGUGAUUUUUCGCAGGGUCUAAAGCUUGAAAAGCAUCACUCUCCAGUUUUGAGAUAAGAAGCGAAACAUUUUUAACUACAGAAAAAAAGUCCAGUUGUUUUGUUAUUUCAAGUUUUUUUGUUUCUUUUGUUGUGGGAUUUUCCAUGUCCUUGUUGACUCUACACCAGCCUUUGUCUGUGAUAAGGACAAACUUCACCAUGAGGGAAAAAACUUUAAGGAAAACCUGGUGCUUUAGGAAUUACUAAUGUCAGUAUCAGUGUGUUGUUAAGUGGCUGUUGAACAAACUACAAAGUCUUAACAAAUAAACCAAAAUACAAGCAAACAGACAUAACUAUUGAUGUGACUUUGUCCAGAUUCUGAACUUAUGAAAUAAAACUUGGAAUCAUU